UGAGAGUGGCUCCCAAUGCUGAGCGGCAGAUCUCGAUCUGAUUGGCUGAGAGCAGCUCCGAGGAUGCCGGAGUGAGAGCUCGGGCAGCGGACGGAAGGAUGCGGGCUGAGGAACGUCAGCGACACACCGAUCUGUCACGCUGUUGCGUCGCUUUUCCGAGCAGCCUAGAAACUUUGACAGUUUUUAUUUUUUUUAUUUUUCUCCGCAUGUCGACCCAUUUCGGCGCGGGUUCGGGGUGAUGUUGUGGCUGCGCGCUCCUGUGAAAUCCCCCUCACUUCCUCACGCGCCGACACGUCGUCUCGGGAGUGAUGGGCUCCAAGUUAACCAGGCAGAGAAGUCUGGAUUUUGAGAGUAAAUUGACUCAGAGAAGACGCCAGAGACAUGAUCUUCCAGGGGAAGGAGAGAAAAGUGGCGGCAGGAGCGGCGGGGAAUUUUUGUUUACCUCCCUGAUGCUCAGAUCCGACAAGCUGCCAGGGAUGCUGCGGAAAACCAACCAGAGCCCGUAUGUCAGGAGGGUGGCUUGGGUCCGGGAGAUCCAGAGGCUUCUCCGGGAACAGAAGCUGGAGCAGGCGGGGGAAGUGCUCAAACUGCUGAGAAAGGAACUGGGACUUCAGGGAUCUUCGCUUAACGACAUUUUGUACAAGAACGCAGCUUUCCUCAACCUGGUGGACCCCAUCUCUCACGAGCUGCUGCUCAGCCUCGCGCGGGACCUGCAGUGUCCCAAAAGGGAAGCUGACUCUCUCAAGUCCACCAACAAGAUUUGCCGCCAGCUCAUUUACCACUUGACCCCUCACUCCAAGUGGACGAGACAGAGUGUGCCCAGGAGGAAGUCUCAGGCCUGUUUGAAGACCACCUUGAAGAAGCAGCUAUCAGGAGAUGUGGUCAACCUGUCAGGAAUCCCGUUGUCUGGACGUGACGUCCACCGUGUGGCAUUCUACCUUCAGAACAGCAGCGACCCGGUGUCAGCCGUGGACCUGAGCUUCACCGAGUUGCAGGACGAGAGCCUACGCCUGCUGCUGCCCUGCCUGAGCCGCCUGCCAAAACUCACCACACUGGCUGUCAACGGCAAUCGCCUGACAUCCGCCAUCCUAAAAGACCUGACGGAUGCCGCCAAGGACCCCAGAAAGUUCCCCAGACUAGCGUGGAUCGACAUGGGCAACAAUGUGGACAUCUUCACCAUCCCACAGCCACUACUUGUAGCCCUGCGGCGCCGCUUUGGUCUACGCAGCAGCCUUCCAACCAUCUACGAGUACAGCGAGGCACAGGCGUAUGGUAGCUACAUCCCAAACAUGGAGACCUCUGUGGAGGAGCCCAGUCUGUACGUGGAAGGGGAGGCUGAGGAGGACGACAGAGGGGAGGAGGAGGAGGACAGACUAGAGCUUCAUGCCUGGGGUUUUAGAGAAGAAAACUUGUCAAAAAAUGUGCUGCUCCACUUCUGUGGGAGGUGAUCGCCCAGAGAUGCUUCGUUUUAGACUGGCAGCCUUUUGUAUCCUCAAGUCUGGCCCGAUCUGUCAGCGUGGCAGGAGAUGCUGACGCUGACCCACACGUUUCUGAAAAUAACUCCAACUAUUGUGUGUCCCAAUGGAUGCUCCGAAUGCAGCAGACAACUCUGUGCUUGUACAGAAUACAUUUGCGGAUUGAUUUAACCUUCAUUUAUUCAUGGAGAUUUAUCUGAAUGAGCUUUGCGUUUUCCAGGGCUUCAUGUUUCUAAAGCUCUGGGUUUUUCUUUGAAUCUUCCCAUUAUCUGUAUCCGUUUGGUGGAGCAGUCAGGGGAGUAAGUGCCUUACACAAGUGCACGUCGGCCACAUCUGUUAGAGAAGGGAGGAAGCCAGUCUUCUUGUGUAUUUGAUUUAGUUUCACAUUGCUUUCUCUAAAUUAUCCAACAAGACAAAGCAAAAGCAAACCAGAGCUUUCAGCUGAUGGUGUUCAACGUAGGAAAACCAGACCAUGAGGUACAAACCUCGUCUCUGGACCUGUGAAAAAGGAUUAUGGUAAGACACAAACCCGACAAGGAAAACCAGAGAAAAAUGCAUUAAAGUGUCAGAGAAGAAUAAAGUUGCUUUUUU